CGUGUGCCGGUAUCUUCCAAAAUCAGAGCAUUCUCAGAUUCUCAGCUUCUUCUUCCUUACUCCUCUUGCGCCAUGUCCAAGUUCGAUGCGGCUCCGCCAAAUACUCAUGCCGGCGGCAACGACGAUGCGUUGCGGACCAAGAGCAAUGAUCCAAUGAACCCACCCGCGCCCCAGUCUGCAGAGAACGAGGUCGAUAUGGUGGCCUACAAAGAGAACACUCCACUGUGGAAGCGUGUCUACCAGCACAGCUUGACUCAGAUGAUGCUUCUCAGCAUUCAAGCCUUUUGUGGCCCUGCAAUGGCGGAUGCUAUCGCUGGUCUUGGUGGAGGUGGUUUGGCCACUCCUCAGACUUCCAACAUCGCUACCGCUGUCAACUACACCAUGCUGGCCAUUGUAUGUCUUUUUGGUGCCCCCAUCGUCAAUAAACUCGGCACCAAAUGGGCGCUCGUCAUCGGUGCUGCAUCUUUCCCCAUCCGUGGCUCGUCGUACUACUGCAACUCCAUGUUCGGUACACAGUGGUACCUAAUUUUCGGUGGUUUCAUCACGGGUAUCGGAACCGGUUGUUGGUAUGUCGCUGAAUCUGGAAGCAUCAUGUCUCUAGCGCCAUCCGGUGCUCGUGGCAAGUAUUUGGCGCUGUGGAUUGUUGCGCGAAACCUCGGUCAACUUGUUGGCGGAGCGAUCAAUCUUUCAAAGAACCACGAAAAGGGCGUCACCGGCGGUGUCACUCCCGACACUUAUGUCGCAUUCCUAAUCAUCGAGUGCUUGGCUUUGCCUUUUGCCUUCCUUAUUUCGCCGCUCGAACAUGUUGUCCGAUCCGAUGGAACUCGUAUUGUCAUCUCCGAGACUUUGUCUACCAAGCAGGAGUUCAAACGCAUCAAGAUUACCAUGACUUCCAAGCUCAUCUUGCUCUCUGCUUUCUGGGCUCUCUGGUCGUUCUUCUACAGUGGUACCUGGUCAACUUAUCUCGGAACCUAUUUCUCAGUUCGCGCUCGUGCCUUGUCGUCUCUUAUCUCACCCUUCUUCUGUAUCAUUGGCUGCUUCGGACUAGGUUUCAUUCUCGACAUGAAGGGUGUGAGCCAGCGUCGCCGUGCUCAAUAUGGUCUUUUCACUGUUGUCACGCUCAACCUUGGCGUUUACAUCUGGUCCAUCAUCAUGCAGACGCGGUUUAACAGCCAUAAUCCAGGGAAGAUCGAUUGGGAUGAGAGCUUGUAUCCAACGUCCUUCUUGCCCUACUUCUUUGUGCAAACCACCGGUCCUCUCUCGCAGUCAUACAUGUACUGGCUCUUGUCGUCUUUUGCGACUGAUGCGCAGUCCAACGUCCGUAAUGGUGCUGCUUUCCGGUGUCUUGAAGCCAUCGGCCAGGCUAUAUCUUACGGCAUGAACACCCAGAUCAAGACGAGUCCUCUUAUUGGAUUUUGCGUAACGUUCGGUCUCAUGGCCAUUGCCGUCCCUCCUAUGCUAAUGUUGGUCAAUUCGACACCAGACCGUGUUCCCGCGGAUGUGAUCGCAGAGGAGCAAGCAAGAGCUGACGAGAAGGGUAUGACAGAAGCGGUCACACACAAGGAGGUGUAG